AUGGGCUCUAAGCGCAGGCCCGCCUCCCCCCCCGGCGCCCGGGCCCAGUUGGAACCGACUUCCUCGCAACGGUCCUAUUCCGGGCGCUACCGCAACGCGAUUGGGACCUGUAAUCGGGUAGAAGUAAUGAUCCCUUGCGCUUCUGACAGUGAUUCAGGAAGUGUGGAUUUGCAGCUGAACAACUUAGAGGAUAUUGAGAAAGGCCCAAAUAGUCACGAACUUACAGUAUUAGACUCGGACAUCUCUGAUAUCUUUGAACUCCCUCGGGAACCCCUCACAGAUAGCUUCAGACACCUGACCUACCAGGGCCCCCCUGGCGAAGCCAAUAUUGAGAAGCUGAUCGAAUUCAUUCAGGAGUUUUUUAACGGUGAGCUAAAGCGUGAACUUGAGAAGCUGACAUUCCUGAGAUCUUUGUCUUCUCUCAGCCGAACUUUACCUUAUGAUGAAGUGGCAGAAUCAUUCAUUCACAGCCACAUAGCAGACAUUGUGCGUAUCCUAAAUAUGCUGAUCCAAGAGGAGCCCCUGCAUUCUCUCUUCAGCUCUGUGCACCACGAGGUCUUGGUCACCAUCGCGGACCUCAGUUAUCGAGGUGUCCCUUUGCUAUUUGGCUCUGAAGAUCGAGUUGACUUGUUCCGUCUCAUCACCAAAAGUAUAAUCACUUUGUCCCCUGUAAAGACUCUGACCCAUCUGCAGGAAAUCAUGCCCAGUGGGUCCUACAACUCAGAGUGUCUCUACAGGCAGAUGUUUCAGGCGUUCUCUGAGAUGCUCAAGAGUUUGGUGGUAAAAGACCCACAUUUGGAAAACCUUGACACCAUUUUUACGCACAUGGACCCAUGGUUACAGUCGAUCAAAGACCAUGAGCGGGAACGGGCCACAGCCAGCAUGACUCAAGUUCUCAAGUGCUUAUCCAGACACCUCAAUUUGAAG